AACCAAACCAACGCACACAAAAGCCUCCCCACUCCCCGAGACCCCCCCUCCUCCUUCGUUUUGCACCCUCCCCAAAUCUGCACUACUCCCCUCUCCCUCGUCCUUCCUCCGCCCCGCCCCGCCCAUGAGGAUCAGGAGGCGGCCUCCGGGCCAGCCUCUGCCCUACUCCUCCUCGGUAACAAAUGAUUCGGCCGCGGAUCUCGGGGACGGCCGCUCCUCCUCCUCCUCGUCGGCGCUCAUCAGGCGCCCGGCAUUGUCGCCGCAGGACGGUGCGGUGGAGCGCAGCACGGGUCUGGUGGGUGCGCAACAGCAGCAGCAACAGGGGCCUGCAGAUGGCCACAGCAGCCUAGAGAACGGACUCCAUCGCCACGUGCCGGAGCCGGUGACGAUGGCCCUGCAGGCCGGAGAGCGUCUCUGCAGCGGCAACGGCGUCGGCGCAGCAGUGGCAAUGGCUACGACGACGACAGCAACAGCGGGCGCGAAGGCCACGAAGCAGCGGCAUCGGCAGACAGAGACAAAUAAGCAGGACACCGGCGGCGGCGUGAAGAGGGCGGCGCGGGGCCCAGGCGUGCUGAUGGAGGGGUCGCGGUGCAGCCGGAAGAACGGCCGCGGGUGGCGCUGCAGCCAGCCGACGCUGGUGGGCUACGCACUCUGCCAGUACCACCUCGGCAAGGGCCGCACCAAGAGCGGGAGCGCCGUGGACGGGGGCGGGCGCGGGCGCGGCCCCGGCCAGCUCGGCCGCACCGAGCACGCGAACAAAACCUCCGCCGCCGCGGACGUGCCGCCGGCCCAGAGCGUGCAGCACUGCUAGGGGACGCGAGAUUCUUGGACAUAUCGAUCGUAAUUCUUUUGUUGCGUUUCUAAACAUGUUGUGUUUCACUUUUGACUUGACUCCUCUCGAUUCAGCGGCGCAUGAUCGGGAGGGAGGGAGGGACAGUGCACUGAGCGAGGGAGCAUUUGCUGCUGCUCAGAUU